ACAUGGAUGGAGACAGGUCAGCGGUGUGUCACAGAUCAAACACUGUGGUCUCCUGCGUCAGCGGCAAGAACUUAUCCGGUGAGCCUCGAUGGCUUUAUACGAGUGGAAAAGCGACAGCCUCUCCGGAGGUGCUGGAAUGGAAUCAACUAAGCACUGACACCGGCAUCGAACCAGCACCUGGUUCUUCUCUGUGAAAAAGAAUCACCAGCGGCAAGAUGGGAGAUGAGACACCCAGAGUGCCUCUCGUGGAAGAAAUAAAGGAGAAAGUACUUUAUGAAACUGAAGCAUCAUCAGAUCUGGAUGCCAAAACUGAUUAUCCACCUGCCGGGGCGAACUCCAUAUACUCUGCGAUUCUGAGCAGAAACGAGGCUGUGAAAGACGCCAAGCGCCUGAAGACUUUUCUGGAACUGCGAGACAAAUAUGUGAAGAAGAAGGUUGUGUUUGAGGACCCUCUGUUCCCUGCAGACGACUCCUCACUCUUCUACAGCCGGAAACCCUCGAUGAAGUUUGAGUGGAAGCGUCCCUCGGAAAUAUGUGAAAACCCCCAGUUCAUCAUCGACGGAGCCAACCGGACCGAUAUCUGCCAGGGAGAAUUGGGCGACUGCUGGCUGCUGGCUGCCAUCGCCUGUCUGACCCUGAACGAGAAGCUGCUGUACCGGGUGAUUCCCCAGGACCAGAGCUUCACAGAGAACUACGCAGGAAUCUUUCACUUCCAGUUCUGGCGUUAUGGCGAAUGGAUUGACGUGAUCGUGGACGACCGCAUUCCCACCUGCAACAACCAGCUAGUGUUUACCAAAUCGUUCAGAGAAAAUGAAUUCUGGAGCGCCCUUCUGGAAAAAGCCUACGCAAAGUUGCACGGAUCGUACGAGGCUCUGAAAGGGGGAAACACGCUGGAAGCGAUGGAGGAUUUCACCGGCGGGGUGACUGAGUUCUUCGAGCUGGCCGAGCCGCCCAAAGAGCUGUACAGCAUCAUGAGGAAGGCUCUGGAGAGAGGCUCGCUGAUGGGCUGCUCCAUAGAUGUCUUUUCAGCCAGUGAGAUGGAGUCUCGGACCGACCUGGGUCUGAUCAGGGGUCACGCUUACUCCAUCAUCGGCCUGGAAGAGUGUGAUGACGUGUCAAAGAACGGCAGAAUUCGUCUGAUCCGUUUGCGUAACCCCUGGGGCUGGGUGGUCUGGAAAGGACCCUGGAGUCCAAAUUCCAAGGAGUGGUCGACCAUUUCCAUCGCGGACAAGGAGAACCUGAAGAAACAAACAGUAGAGACCAGUGAGUUCUGGAUGUCCUUUGACGAUUUCAAGAAGUAUUUCACGAAGCUGGAGAUGUGCAACCUGACCCCGGACACCCUGCAGGGUGACGAAAGACACAGCUGGACGGUGUCGGUCCACGAGGGCCGCUGGGUCCGAGGCAGCUCGGCUGGGGGAUGCAGAAACUUCCCCGACACGUUUUGGACGAACCCUCAGUACCGUCUGCAGCUGCACGAGGAGGACGACGACCCGGAGGACGGGCGGGUGGCCUGCACCGUCGUCGUGGCUCUGAUGCAAAAAGGCCGAAGAAUGCAGCGCCACCAGGGGGCCAAAUUUCUCACCAUUGGGUUUUCCAUCUACGAGGUCCCGAAGGAGAUGCGAGGUCAGGAUCAACAUCUGCAGAAAGAUUUCUUCCUCUACACGGCCUCCAAGGCCAAAUGCAAAACCUACAUCAACCUGCGGGAGGUGACGGAGCGUUUCCGGCUGCCUCCGGGAGAAUACGUCGUCAUCCCCACGACCUUCAACCCCCACAAGGAGGGAGAGUUCAUCCUGAGGGUCUUCUCCGAGAAGCAGAACACUUCAGAGGAUAUGGAAAACACCAUUGGAUCCAAUAAAACACAGCAAGACAAGAAAAAGAAAGAGAAGCCCAUUGUGUUUGUGUCGGACAGAGCUCGAGCCAACAAGGAAAUCGAGCACGAUGGCAUUCUGGGGGAAAAGAAGAAGAAACCAAAGAGGGAAAUGUUGGAGCCCGAAGUAGAGACUGAAGAGGAAAAACAGUUCAGGAUCAUUUACCAGCAGAUUGCAGGCGAGGAUAUGCAGAUUUGUGCCAACGAACUCAAAACCAUCAUGAAGAACGUUCUUUCCAAACACAGUGAAAUAAAGUCGGACGGCUUCAGUCUGGAGACAUGUCGGAGUAUGAUCGCCUUAAUGGACACCGAUGGGACGGGGAAGCUGAACCUGCAGGAGUUCAAACACUUGUGGAAAAAGAUCAAAGAGUGGCAGAUCAUCUUCAAACGCUAUGAUGUCGAUAAAUCCUGCACCAUCAGCAGCUUUGAGAUGAGGAACGCCGUUAAUGACGCAGGGUUUCACCUCAACAAGCAGUUGUACGACAUCAUCGCCAUGCGCUACGCAGACGAGCGCCUCAACAUCGACUUCGACAGCUACAUCUGCUGCUUUGUGAGGCUGGAGGGCAUGUUCAGGGCUUUCAAUGCCUUUGACAAAGAUGGAGAUGGAAUCAUCAAGUUAAACGUCCUUGAGUGGCUUCAGCUGACCAUGUACUCCUAGGUCACCGUCCGGUCUGCGACGCUCGCCAGCACGAACAGUCACUUCAUUAAAUGGUGUAUUUUUGAACAGCUGUUGUGAAGAAACCCAGAUCCUGUUGUCAGCGGUGUCAGAUUUCCCUUUUCAUGCAGUUUUAUAUUUGGAAUUGUGUCUUUACUUGUGUGUUAUCGGUCUACAUGAGCGGUGAGUGUAAGGCGAACCUCCCUCGAGCGGUUUGGGAGCAUUUCAGGGGCCCAGCCAACGGAAAGAAAAAAAACAAAAAGAAUUUCGUGUAGAGUGAAUUUAGUUCUUUGUAGACUGGAUCUGAUGUAAAAUAUUUGAUGAAAACAAGAAAAUAAAAGGGGAGUAUGUGUAUGUGGAAGUUAACUGAUGACUAUAAAUCUUAAGUGUGAGUAUGAGUGACAUUCUCUCCUAAUUUACCCUCUGAUAGACUGAUUUAUGUUUUUCCAAGAGAAAAAUUUAAAACAGAACAUUAUCAUAAAGAAAAUUACUCAUGAGAAAAAUGACUCAGGCUGGCAUCAUCUCUGUUUUGUCACUUUUUUGUAGAAAAACAUUUCUAAAAUAAAACAUGAAUAUCGGUGGUGGCUGUUUUAUUUUUUUUAUUA